AUGGCCCGCUCGCCCCCCGGCCCGGUGCCCCCCACCCGGGGCUGUGUCCCCGCACCGCCCCCGCACCGGCUCCGCGCUUUGGCCCACGCGUGGCUGGACGAGGACGCGCCGUGGCCGGACGCGGCGGCGGCGGCCGUGGGGGACACCGCGACACGCGCGGAGCUGCUCAGCAAAGCCGGGGGGGACCCGGGGGGUGUCCUGGCGGGGGUCCCCUUCGCCGAGGCCGUUUUUGGGGUGUCGGGGUGCCGGGUCACCUGGAGGGUGGCCGAGGGGGCGGCGCUGCCCCCCGGGCGGGCGGUGGUGGCCGAGGUGGAGGGUCCGGCCGCGGGGGUGCUGGCGGGGGAGAGGGUGGCGCUCAAUAUUUUGGGGCGAUGCAGUGGGGUGGCCUCGAUGGCCGCCAGGGCCGUGGGGGUGGCCCGGGGUCAGGGAUGGGCGGGGGUCGUGGCGGGUACCCGAAAAACCACACCCGGGUUCCGCUUGGCGGAGAAAUACGCGCUGGGGGUGGGGGGCGCCGACCCCCACCGGGGAGGUUUGGGGGGGCUGACGAUGCUCAAGGACAAUCACCGAGCGCUGGCGGCGGCAGCGGGGGGGUUCGAGCAGAUGAUUUUGGGGGCGCGCCGGGCCGGGGGCUUCACCCGCCGGCUGGAGGUUGAGUGCUCGAGUGCAGAGGAGGCGCUGGCGGCUGCUCGGGCUGGGGCUGACAUCGUCCUGCUGGACAACCUGGCCCCACAGGAGCUGCACGCGGCGGCGGCGCAGGUCAAGGCUGCACACCCCGGGGUGAUGGUGGAGGCCAGCGGGGGCAUCGUUUUGGAGACCCUCCCCCAGUUCUUGGGGCCCCACAUCGACGUGGUGUCCAUGGGGUGUCUGACCCACAGCGCUCCCGCCCUGGACUUCGCACUGCGGGUGUUGGAACCCUAAAAUCCAUCCUGGGACCCCAAAAACCCAGCUUAGAACUCCCAAAAUCCUACCUGGGACCCACUAAAACCUACUCCAGAACCCCAAAACUCAACCUGAGAUUCCUGAAUCAAUCCCAGGGACAGCAAAACUCACUGUGAAAAUCCAAAAUUCACCCUGGGAAUCCUCAAACCCCAAAAGGCCCCCUGCUGAGGGGACUGCAAAAUCUGGCACUGAGUCCUCCCAUCUCCCAGGGGUGCCAAUGCCUGAAACAUCCCCACCUGGGACUCCAAAAUCCAUCUUGGGACCCACAAAAUCCAUUUUGGACGCCAAAAAUCUAUCUUGGAAGUCCCUAAAUCAUCUCUGGGACUCCAAAAAUCCACCCUGGGGCCCUCCAAAACCCACCCUGGGACCCCCAAAUCUCCCCUGAGACCCCACAAAGCCCACCCUGGGGGAUCCCAAAUCUCCAUCCUGGGGUUCUCACACUCAUCUCCCUCCUCUAAGGUGGACCCAAAAUUCCAUCCUGAGGUUUCCCCUUCUCUCUUUUUGCUUUGUACCCCCAAAUAAACCCUUACCUCACCCACUGCCCCCC